AUGCCAGAAUACUGUGUAACAGGGGGAACAGGGUUCAUUGCAGCUUACCUGGUAAAGUCCUUGCUUGAAAAUGGACACAUUGUGCGUGCCACAGUCAGAGAUCCAGACGAUAUGGGAAAGGUCAGCUUCCUGUGGGAGUUCGACGGAGCGAAAGAGAGAUUAAAGAUUAUGAAAGCUGAUUUGCUAAUCGAAGGAAGCUUCGAUGAGGCUGUCAAUGGCGUUGACGGGGUCUUCCACACUGCCUCGCCGGUCCUUGUUCCCCAUGACAAUAAUGUCAAGGAAAACUUGAUUGAUCCUUGUAUUAAUGGCACGAUAAAUGUGUUGAACUCUUGCGCGAAAUCAAAAGGCGUGAAACGGGUUGUGCUCACGUCUUCCUGCUCUUCGAUUAGAUACCGGGAGGAUGUCCGGAAACUUUGUCCUCUUAAUGAGUCCCAUUGGAGUGAUCUUGACUACUGCAAACGCAACAAUCUGUGGUAUGCAUAUGCAAAGACAGCAGGGGAAAGAGAGGCAUGGAAAAUAGCAGAGGAAAAAGGGAUUGAUUUAGUGGUGGUUAACCCAUCUUUUGUGGUUGGUCCAUUGCUUGCACCACAACCAACUAGUACAAUUCUUCUCAUACUGUCCAUCAUCAAAGGUGUGUUAGGGGAAUAUCCAAACACAAGGGUUGGAUUUGUACACAUAGAGGAUGCAAUUUCUGCUCACAUUAUAGCAAUGGAGGAGAGUAAAGCAUCAGGAAGGAUUAUAUGUUCUAGCUCAGUGGCUCACUGGUCGGAGAUUCUUGAGAUGCUCAAGGCCAAAUAUCCAUCCUACCCAUAUGAAGACAAGUGUGGUUCCAAGAUAGGAGAUAACAAUCCACAUAGCCUGGACACCAGGAAGAUUACUGAGUUAGGGUUUCAUCAAUUCAAGACACUAGAACAGAUGUUUGAUGACUGCAUCAAAAGUUUCCAAGAGAAGGGAUUUCUGUAA